UGAGGAUGUUACGUGUUGCUGAUUCUCAUCUUUUCGUUCCUCUUUAAUUCAAUCAAUCUCAACUAACAAGAUUCUCUUUCAUUUUAUUUAACGCCAUUCUCAAUUCUCCUUUCAUCAAUUCAUCAUCACAUUCUCUCUAUUCAUUCAUAUAAUCGAUUCUUGCCUUCAGUUUUUUUUUACAUGUUCAUCAGUAAAAAUGGAAGUCGUAGUUCCUAGACGAGUACGGUCAAAUAAACAGACUAGUAAGUUGAAGUUGUCUGGAUGCUCAAAAGCUUUUGGAAGUUUAAAGAGAAAGGCUGAAGAAAUUCAUGAGUGUGGUGAUAAUGAGAAACCUGAAUCGGAAAUGAAGGAAAAUCCUACAGUAUCACAAGAAGAGCCAAGCAAAAUCCCAAGAUGCUCAAAUUAUUUUGGGAUUUCAUAUAAAAGAAGAUUUCAAGAAUGUCAUAGACCUCAUGCCGAUAAAAAUUCAGAAGCCGUAAAAGAUGUUAUGAAAUGUUUAAAGGAGACAUCUAAUCUCCCAUCUAAGAAAAGAGUUAAGUCAAAGAAGCGUGCUCUUUUAAACAAGAAACAGAAACAGGAACUUGAAGAUGAUCUAUUGAUGGAUGAUGUUGAAGAAGAUGAUGAAAUGUUUUUUCUUCUUAAGUCAAAGAGCAGGAGCAGAACUGGUAGAAACAAUAGCACAAUGCAGGAUGUUCAACAAAAUACUCGGAAAUGUCAUCAGUGCCUGAAAAAGGAAAGAAUGUCUUUUGUGCCAUGUACUAAAUGCAACAAAAUGUAUUGUAUGCGAUGCAUCAACCAAUGGUACCCUGAUAUGUCUAUAGAAGAAGUUGCUGAAAGUUGCCCAUUUUGUCUUAAAAAUUGUAAUUGCAAUGUUUGCUUGCGUUCGAAAGGAACAAUUAAGACAUCUAACAUGGAGAUCACCAAUUACGAAAAAGCUCAGUAUCUGCAUUACAUGAUUAACUUACUCCAUCCAUAUCUAAAACAAAUUUGUCAUGAACAAAGUCAAGAGGUAGAUAUUGAAGCCAAAAUACAAGGAAAAUCUUCUUCUGAGUUUGUGGUACCACAAAGUCUUUGUUGGGAUAAUGAGCGUGUCUAUUGUGAUUAUUGUGCUACCUCAAUUAUUGACCUUCAUCGAAGCUGCCCCAGUUGUUCCUAUGAACUUUGCCUUAAAUGUUGCCAAGAAGUUCGUGAUGGAAGUAUUACUCCCCGUGCUGAUAUGAAAUUCCCAUAUGUGAAUAGGGGCUAUGACUAUAUGCAUGGUGGUGACCCUCUACCAUUGUCUUGUGAUUUAGAGACUUCAGAUGGUCAUCUUGAGAUAUCUACAAAGUGGAAUGCACAGGCUGAUGGAAGAAUUUGUUGUGCACCGAAGGAGAUGGGAGGUUGUGGUAGUUCUGUGUUGGAGCUGAGACGCACCCUCCCACAUAGGUGGAUGCCUGACAUGGAAGUUAAAGCUCACAAUAUGCUGAAAAAUUGGGAAACUGAACAAACAACUCUUCAGUGGGAAGGAGCUGCAUCAAACCACAACUCAAUGGAAAAGGAAUAUUUUUCAGAGUCAAGAGACAUUUUAAAACAAGGGAUGUCGCUCUUCCAAAAACAUUGGGCUAAUGGCGAACCGAUUAUUGUUCGUGAUGUUCUAAAACAGGGUACAGGUCUGAGCUGGGAGCCAAUGGUAAUGUGGCGUGCUUUGUGUGAUAAUGUGGGUUCAGUUAUGAGUUCAAAAAUGUCAGAUGUGAAGGCCAUCGAUUGCAUGGCUAAUUGUGAGGUUGAAAUUAAUACUCGUCAGUUCUUUAAAGGUUAUAUAGAGGGACGAACAUAUAGAAAUCUCUGGCCAGAGAUGCUAAAGCUAAAAGACUGGCCUCCUUCUGAUAAAUUUGAAGAUCUUUUGCCUCGUCACUGUGAUGAAUUUAUUCAUUCCUUGCCAUUCCAACAAUAUACUGAUCCUCGGGCUGGAAUUCUCAAUCUGGCAGUAAAGUUGCCAGCCCAUGUUCUAAAACCUGAUAUGGGUCCAAAAACAUAUAUUGCUUAUGGGAUUAGAGAAGAACUUGGUAGGGGAGACUCUGUAACAAAGCUUCACUGUGAUAUGUCAGAUGCGGUGAAUGUUUUGACCCAUACGGCAGAGGUACAAUUAACCGAUGAGCAGCAUUUGGCUAUUCCCAAAUUGAAAGAAGCACACAAGGCACAAGAUGAGAGAGAACACUGUGCUCCAGAAAGGGCUGCUAGAUGCCUAAAUAGUCGACUUUGUGACAACAGAGAACAUGAAAAUGAAGAAGUAUUAGAAUGUCACUAUAGGGAUAACCAUCCUAUUGAAGUCAGUGGAGAUAUGUUUCGAAAUGACGUGUCCGAGGGUGGCACUUUUUCUGCUACUUCUACAGAAAACGAAACAACGGUAACAGGUAGUGCCCUGUGGGAUAUAUUUCGAAGAGAGGACACUGAAAAGCUAGGAGCAUAUCUUAGAAAACACUCGAAAGAAUUCAGACAUACUUAUUGUUCGCAGAUUGAAGAGGUUGUACAUCCAAUUCACGACCAGUGCUUUUAUUUGACUUUGGAGCACAAGAAGAAGUUGAAGGAGGAGUUUGGUGUAGAACCAUGGACUUUUGAGCAAAAACUCGGGGAGGCAGUAUUUAUUCCUGCUGGAUGCCCACAUCAAGUCAGAAAUCUCAAGUCAUGCACAAAAGUUGCUGUAGACUUCGUGUCCCCAGAAAAUGUCCAUGAGUGUCUUCGCUUAACUGAGGAAUUCCGCCAGCUUCCGAAGAACCACAAAGCUAGAGAAGAUAAACUUGAGAUAAAGAAAAUGAUAGUUUAUGCCGUUGAUCAAGCUGUCAACGACCUACAGGAUUUACUCGAUUCUUCUUGAUUGGCAGAAUACUACUUCAUUUUUGCCUUGUUGAUGAUCCGCUAGAUUGGGGGGAGUGUAAACAGUUUCCAGAUAGAAAAUUUUGAAGUUAGAAUCUUUGAUUUUAGAUUAUUUCACAAUUGGGUUUUUUUUACUUUUUUUUGGAUAAAAAAAAGUAAUUGUAUUCAAGAGAAAUGUUACAGAAUAAUUAUAGAAUUCAUGCCAAAAGAAAAUACAUGCAUUACAUCAGACAGUGUUCUUUUUUUUAUUGUUUUUAGAGGAAACAUGUUUCAAGAAAAUACAUGCAUUACAUCAGACAGUGUUCUUGUUUGUUGUUUGAUCAAUUUAGUUAAUUUAGAGAAAUACUUGUUUGAAAAGCCAUUUAAUGCAAAGACAUUAAGUUUAAUGGCAUAGUCGAUUUUGUAACACAG